UGCAGCAGAGCACAUCUGCUGACUCAAACUCUAACGUAUAGCGAGCUCUGGUGUCACUGACACUUUGCUUGGGGCAGCAUGAAGGCAUUUAUACUAAUGUGUAUGCUGGUGCAGCCAUGGCUGGGAACGGGUUCAGUCGGGAACUCUGAUUACAACUCACAGCUGAUAGCAGGACCAUCACCUGGAAGAGACCUCAGCAGGUUCUUCAGCAACUAUUGGAAAGCCACGCGGGCAAGGAGAGCACUGCCUCCAGCCGAUGAACCAGACGAUAGCCCAAUCCCAGCAGCAGCAGAUGAAUCAGACUUGCCAACUUGUCUACUGUGCGUCUGCCUAACUGGCUCAGUGUACUGCGAGGAAGUCAGUCCUGACAUGACCUCUGUUCCCACCCUUCCGAAGGAGACAGCCUACCUGUACGCCCGCUUCAACAAAAUCCAAAAGAUUAGGACCAAGGACUUUGCUGACGUUGUGACACUAAGGAGGAUCGACCUGACGGGGAACCUGAUCUCAGAGAUUGAAGAUGGAGCGUUCUCUAAACUAAGUUUAUUGGAAGAACUGUCUCUAGCUGAUAACAGGCUGGUUAAACUCCCGGCACUCCCUGCCAAACUGAAAUCGUUCAACGCCAACAACAACCUGCUGAAAACCAAGGGUGUAAAAGCUACAGCUUUUAAGAAACUGAUCGGGCUGGUCAACUUGUACCUGGCUGACAAUGAGAUGGAAGCGGUUCCACAGAUCCCAGAGAAGGUUCGGAUCUUACAUCUGCAGAACAACAACAUCACAGAUGUCAACAUAGACACCUUCUGUAGGUCCAAUGACACCUACUACCUUCGACCUAGCCUCAGUGAUGUCCGUCUGGAUGGAAACCCUGUAAUUCUCUCAAAGUACCCUGACAGUUUCACCUGUAUGCAGGUACUUCCUGUUGGACGUUACCGAUGAAGAAGCAGCAACAUUAUUGUUAUUACCUUAUAGCUAACGGAACAGACUUUUUUCCCACCUGACAGCUGUGGGAAAAUUUAAUAUUCUGGGUUUUGGGGAAAUUGUCCUCAACAAUACAAACAGCAUGUGAAAGUGUCAGGUAAAAUAAGAUUAAAAAAGAUAGAAUUGAGGGUGUUUCUUCUUCUGAUGGGUAGUACCAAGUCAAUUGUCGGGAGUAAUCUUUGAGUGUCAGCAGAAGUGGCAUCAGAAACAGAGCGUCUAGUCCUGACAAUUGGUCAAAGAGGAGUCUUAAGAUGGACUUUUCAUGAGCUUAAUGAGUGAAGAGGUAGUAAAUAGUUUAUUCAUUCACCACUGAUGAAUAUCACUGCCGAGUAGAACACUAUAUUACAAUCCACUGAAUCACAAUUGGUACCUUGUUCUUUUUGUAAACAUUUCUACAGCCCUGUGUAUUGAUUUGCCAUUGUUUGAAAUAAUUCCAGUAUUAGUUACUGUCAGUCUUUAAUGUGAGUAUAUUGUCAUAUCUCCAUUUACAGCUUUAAUUUAUAAACACCACUUGAAUUAAAGUAGCAAAGCAUUUAUCGAUAGGAAUGUAAAGAUUACUCUAUAAUUUUAUCAUGUUUUGUAUGCAACUUGUCCCGCAGAGAUUAAUUGAUUACCAAUGUGUAUAGAAUAGUGACUGUACAGUAAUAUGGCUAU